AUGACCACCAACCGCCAAAAGUUGUCGUAUCGCGUUUCCGAGAUUUCGAACGACCACCUCACAGCCCCGACCAUUGUCAAUUCGCACACCAUGGUUGUUAAGAUACGCCUAGCACGAUUUGGGAGGCGGAAGGCCCCCUUCUACAAUAUCGUGGUGGCGCAAGCGAGAACCGCAAGAAACAGCAAGCCCCUCGAAGUGCUCGGCACAUAUGACCCGAUACCAAAGAAGCCAGAGGAUGGCGAGGGAAGGCUGUUUAAGGAUAUCCGGUUGGACUCGGUGAGGGCGAGAUACUGGCUAGGAGUUGGCGCACAGCCGUCGGAUCCAGCUUGGAGACUGCUUUCUAUGGUUGGGCUUAUGGAGCCGAAAUUUCGGGGAAACCAGAGCGCCAAACCCGCUGCGGGCGAAGCAGGGAAGGCAGUGUAGUGAUGUUCACUCGGGCAGUGCAUAGCGUGGCGUUUUAACAGAUUAGGGGAUUCGAGGC